AAAAAAAAAGUAUUACUUCCCUUCCAAUUCACCUCGUGCGGAGCAUUUUUUCCUUUUUUCUAUUUCUUCUCUUGCUGCAGAAGACGUGGUUAAUAAGCUGUAGGAAACGAAUUAAGUAUAAUUGCCAGUCGCAAAAAAAAAGAAUUAAGUAUAAUUGCAGAUGCCAUCCCAUGUUCUCCUCCGGGCAAAUGGUUUUCGCUGUUUCAGAUGUUUAAAGGGAACAUUCUGUAUGGCCAACACGCAAUAUUCGCUUCGGGUAUGUUCAUUGGGGAAGUUACAUAUUUUCACCAAAUUUCUGCCGUGGUGUGGUUGGCAAUAGGCCCCAUGUUUCACAUACACUGUGACUAGCCAUGUCUGAAACGAAGCCGACCUCUGAGUCAAGUUGAUCAACUUCUAAGAAAAGUCUGCUAAUCUGACGAAUGGCAACUUCUAGUCAAACUAUUCGGCUCAAGCUUUUAAUAAGAUCCAGGUGUAGACUCCUCCACCCCUCUUCCCCCAUUUGAAGGGCCAAGCUCAUUCUUUCUUAUCCCCUCUGCCUCGGGCUGAUUGCUUGCUUGGUCUCCAUAAAUCGCAUCGCACCACUGGUCUUCCUCUUCUCUAGAUACCUCUUCUUGGGACGCAGGGAGUACUAUUUCCCCAACCCCGUCCUCGCAUGUAUGUGCAGUUUUCCACAGAUCAAAGUCCAGAAUGUCCUCACCACCAUCGGAGCCGUGUUCUGGUUUUGGAACACCAAACUUCCCCCUUUUCAGACCAACUCACAAGGGACAAGCCGUGAGUCAAGGAUGCCAGGAUAUCAUUUUUUCAGGCAGGCUACAUGUGAUUUUUCGCAAGUAAUUGGCAGGGGCCUACUUGGAAAAGUAUACAAGGCACAUCUUCCAACCGGAGAAGUGGUCGCCGUGAAGCUGCUCUAUCUGAUGGCAGGCAUUGACGACUACAGUUUCUCACAUCUAUUGGAAGAACUUAUGAGCGUCAGUCACAAGAAUCUUGUGAGACUAUUGGGCUAUUCCUUUGAAAAAGAGGAAGAAGUACUAGAGUACAAGGGGAGAGCUGUACAUGGUGUAAACAUACGCAGGUUAAUCUGUUUCGAGUAUGUACCUGGCGGAAGUCUUGCCCAUUUUCUUUCAGAUCAAAAUCUUGGACUUAAUUGGGGUGUACGCUUCAAAAUAAUAAAGGGUAUUUGCGAGGGUUUACAAUACCUUCAUAAAGUUGGCAUUGUGCACUGUGAUCUAAAGCCAGGUAAUAUAUUGCUAGAUGAUGGAAAGAUACCAAAAAUUACAGAUUUCGGUUUAUUGCCGAUAUUCCUCGGAAGUGAUUCUGGAUUCGGAGAAGAUUCCGGACACAGAACAUUGAAGUACACGCCGUCAGAAGACAUAUGCUGGGGAGGACUGUCAGAAGCGUCUGACAUAUUUAGGUUGGGUGUUGUAAUUAAAAGGAUAGUGAUUGGCACUAUGGACUACUCGAGCAUUGCUGAUAUGGAUGAUCGUGAAUGUGUUGAGCAUGUCCACAAAUUCUGGAGGAAAAGACUACAAGAGAUAAGGAGGUAUCCCACAUUUGAAGCAGAUUGCAAACAAGUGAGGACUUGUACCGAAAUCGCUGUAGCCUGCAUGCAUAUUGACCGACGUCAAAGGCCUCUGAUGAGCAAUAUCAUUUAUAAACUAUAUGAAGUAGAAACUAUGGGAGAUCACCCAUCGUCACAGAGAGAACAGGGUAUUCAUGAUUACGAAGUCAGGAGAAUGUCACUAAAAGAGUUGGAACACAUCACGAGUAAUUUCUCUGAAAAACUUGGUCAAGAUGGCUUCGGUGCUAUUUAUAAGGGUAAGCUUGAAGAUGGGAAAGUGAUAGCUGUGAAAAGAUUCGAUGAGAGAAUGAUAAAACCAGAAGAGCAGUUUGAACGAGUGGUGGAUCUUAUGAGACUAAAGCACAAAAAUAUUGUACGACUAAUAGGCUACUGCUAUGAGCCAACCAAAGUGCCAGUUCCUGAUGAAAAGAAUCCAGAGCUGUACAUAUGGAAGGAUGUGAUAGAGAAUUUGCUAUGUUACGAGUUUUUGCCAAACAAAAGUCCGGACGUGAUAUUAAACGACAAAACUAGUGAACUCGAUUGGCAAACUCGUCACAAGAUAAUACGUGGCAUUUGUGAGGGGUUACAUCACCUUCAUGUGGGCUGCCAGGAUGCGCCCAUUGUCCAUGAGGGUAUAAAACCUACCAAUAUUUUGCUAGAUGAUGGCAUGGUCCCGAAGCUAGGGGAUUUCUGCACUUCGAUGGCUGUCACACCAAGACGGUACAUAGCACCAGAGGUCAUGGACACCGGUAAAGUUACAAUCAAGUCAAAUAUAUACAGUUUGGGUGUUCUAAUAAUAGAAAUCGCAACCGGAGGCAUGUGUCCCAGCAACGAAUCAUCUAGCCAGUCAUAUAUCGAGAAUGCUCUAAUGCAAUAUUUCAAUGUUGCAUCUAAGUACCCAUCACUUGAAGAGGGUUUCGUCCAACAAGUGGAGUAUUGGCUGUACAUUGGGAAAAGAUGUGUGAGGAUCCAACCCGAACUAAGGCCUACUAUUGGGCAACUAAUGUUUUUCCUUGAGACAGAAUCUGCCAAGCCAGAGGUACGACUUCACAAAAUACACUCAAACACAAUAUUUUCUGUGUGUAAUAUUUAUGUUUCAUUAUGUCUGAUUUAUGAAGAGAAGUAUACUUUAACAUGUCUACUGAGAGAAAGAGCAUACUUAGAAGGUGUUUAGUUUGUGAUUUCGUAACUUAAUCUGAUUACAUCCUUAACAGAUACCAUUAAAUCCCGUUUCUUUGGUUGCUACAUAAUCUGAUAACAGUAGUAUCAAGUCCCUACCUACACAAAUCUAAUUACGCUCAAAAUCCUUUGUAAUGGAAAUCACCUGUGCGAGAAACUGGAUUGAAGCGUGUUGGCUUGCAG